AUGGUCGUGCAACACGAGGAUCCGUCUUCAGUGCGGCCUCCGAUGGACCUGAUUGCUGCCAAAAGAAGAAGAGAGUCGUCAGGGGAGGUCUGUGAUCUCAUCGCCGAUAUACCUGCUAUUCCACUGGAAGAAGACUUCGACAAAGUUGACCAAAGUGAUUCGGAAGAUGAAGAUGACCAAGGCGUUCGGUAUCGCCUGAUAGUCAAGCCUUCCAAAGCCAGACGCAUCACCGAACGGCAGCGCGCUGGGCAAAAAGCUCUGGAAGAUUUUGCAAGACAGUCUCAAGAAAACGCCUUCGCGAGUUCUAGAAAGAGGAAGAGUCAUGAUCACGAACCCGAUCGAGAAUAUCAGAUAGUUCUUUCCGAAAGGGCUAAGGAGAAAAACAUCAUCGUCGUUUUGCCUACAGGUUGCGGCAAAACCAGGAUUGCUGCUAAUUUGCUCGUACAUUGCCUUCGAGAAGAAGUAGAAUCUCGCAGCGUCGGUAACCCCAAGAAAGUGGCAUUCUUCUUAGUGGAAAAGGUUGCCCUUUGUGAGCAGCAAUAUCACGCUCUUAAGAACUCCGUGAGAGGUCAUCCGAUCGGUAUGUUUACAGGCCACUCCAAGGGCCUGAAAAAGACCAAGAGCUACUGGGACGCUCAAUUCAAAGACAAUGCCGUCGUGUUCUGUACUGCCCACAUUCUACUCGACUGUCUCAACAACGCCUUCAUUACCAUGGACCGCAUCCAUCUCCUCAUUUUCGACGAAGCGCAUCAUGCAAAGAAGAAACACGAUUACGCGGAGAUUAUGAGAAGAUACUAUUUCACUACUCGCAAGAGCGAAAGGCCUCGAGUUCUCGGAUUGACUGCCUCCCCUGUGGAUUCCAAGACUACUGACGUGAGAGAAUUAGCCCGUGAACUUGAAAGAACCUUGGACAGCGAGAUUGCAACACUUUCCGACAAGAUGCUCAUGGAAGUAAUGGGAUUACAGGUACAAGUUGAAGAAACAGUCAGGUACGACACUCUUGAGUUACCAGAAGAGACAAAGACGCCGCUCUGGGAUUCAAUCUCUAAACUCGUGUCUCGAAAUGAAGCAUUUGAAGCACCUCUCAGCUUUGCGAAAGAAGCAUCAUCGACUCUUGGCCCAUGGUGUGCCGACCGGUAUUGGCAGCUUUCGAUCACUGAAGACGAGACAAAACGGCUUAGCGACAGGACCAAAGCGGCUUUUGUUGGUAAUACAGAGCACGUAUUGGCAAGACUGGAUAAAGCAAGAGAUGCUGUUCAGCAGAUCCGAGAGGUUGUUGCAGCCCACAAGUUUGAUACAGUUACCCCUGGAUCCAAGGAUUUAUCUUCCAAGGUGAAAUGUCUGCAUGAAAUUCUGGUUCAUGCCUUCACAACUGAUAAUGCGACACGCUGCAUUGUUUUUGUUGACCAAAGACACACAGCCUGCUUGCUUGCGGACCUUUAUAACCAGGCGUCAAUGGCGAUCCCAGGGAUGAUUGCCGGGUAUAUGAUUGGAUACAAAGGGGGGAGUGGCCACAUUGGCAAUAUGUCUCUUCAAAAGCAAACUACGGCGCUCGAUAAUUUCACGGGAAACAGGAUCAACUGCCUUUUUGCAACGUCAGUGGCAGAAGAGGGAAUUGAUGUACCCGAAUGCGGACUUUGUGUUCGAUUCGACCUCUACAGCUCAGUCAUUCAGUAUGUACAGUCCAAAGGACGCGCCAGGUUGAAACUUUCGCGGUUCAUCACCAUGUUGGAGGAUGGCAACAUGAAGCAAGUCCGCGUUAUAAAGCAAGCAUUGAGAGAUGUAACAGCUGUCCAAAAGUUUUGUCUCGCACAACCUGAAGACCGCAAGGUACAAGACGAGACAUGGGUUGAAGGGAUGGAGGAACAGAUCGAGCGGAUGAGCUACCAUGUGUACGAAACCAACACAGGAGCUCGUCUCACAUUCCCUUCUAGCCUCGAACUGUUGGCCAGAUUUGCUGCGACCUUACAUACAGGUGAUGGUUUAAACAGCAAAGCCGAGUAUCACGUCUACAGGGUGACGACACAGUAUAUCGCCACUGUCCAUCUCUCGCAAAACUCUCCUCUCGUCUCCCAGACAGGUUACCCACAGCGUAGCAAGAUUCUGGCCAAGUGUUCUGCGGCUUUCGAAGCCUGCAAGAAACUCAUUGCGGGGAGACACAUCGAUGAGCAUCUUCAGCCCAAGUUCAUAAAACAAGCCCACAAAAUGCGCAAUGCUCGUGUGGGAAUUAGCCCGAACAAGAAGGCUGAGCAUGAUAUGCGUGUAAGGCCCAACAUUUGGAGUUCUUUGGGAGAAUGGACGGACUUUUACCCGACCACAAUUGUCCUCAACAUGAAAUCGGGACAAGAAAGAGAAAGCAGACCAUUGAUCCUUCUUUCUCGCAAAGCUCUUCCGCAGUUACCUUCAAUCCCCUUGUUCUUCGGCAACGGACGGUCAGGUGUCGCUGAGUUGUCAUGCUCACGGGAACCUCUCAGUAUAACUGCACAACAAGCUGAAGGACUAGCUGCUUUCACGCUCAAGAUCUUUGAUGAUGUUUUCAGCAAAAAGUUUGAAGCAACUCACGACCAAUUUCCCUAUCUUCUCGCACCUUCGGCAAAAGGCAGCCACGAAGCACUACAAAUCGAUUGGGAUGCAGUCCGUCUCGUCAAAGAAGAAGAGUUUCUCGACUGGAAUAAUGCGCCAGAUGAUUUCUUUGUCGACAAGUUCGUAGUUGAUCUCUAUGAUGGAGGGCGCAAACUUAUUCUCAAAGGUAUCGACAAGACGAAGAAGCCUUCUGAUCCUACACCAGAGGGUGUACCCGAGCCGAGGUGCCGUGCUUAUAGGUCUGUGGAACCAACUAUCAAGGAAUACAGCAACAGUUAUUUUCUCGCAUCCCGAAAAAGGCGGGAAUGGAGAGAUGACCAGCCUGUCGUUCGAGCAGAGCUCCUCUCACUACGACGAAAUCUGUUGGACGAAUUUCAGAUCGAUGAGGAAGUCAACAAAGACUGCUUCGUCAUUCUGGAGCCGCUCAGUGUAUCCCCUCUACCGCUCGACGUUGUUUCUAUGGCGCUCAAAUUCCCGGCAAUCAUUCACAGGAUAGAUUCCGCUCUGAUCGCUCUCGAUGCGUGUGACGUUCUCGAACUCUCCAUCCCACCUGCGCUAGCUCUCGAAGCAAUGACCAAGGACAGCGACAACACUGAUGAACAUGACAAGCAACAGGUCAACUUCCAAGUUGGUAUGGGUUCCAACUAUGAACGGCUGGAGUUCCUCGGGGACUCCUUUCUCAAGAUGGCCACCACAAUCGCUAUCUUUACACGAAAGCCCAAAGGCGACGAAUGCCUAUACCAUGUUGAGCGCAUGUUGCUGAUUUGCAAUCAAAACCUUUUCAACACUGCUGUCGACUGCAAACUCCCAGAGUAUAUUCGAUCUCUGGCAUUCGAUAGACGAACCUGGUACCCCGAUCUCAAACUGAUCCAAGGCAAGGCUCUGAAAGCAAAGAAAAAACAAAACCUGGCCGACAAAACCAUCGCAGAUGUUUGUGAGGCUCUCAUUGGUGCUGCGUAUCUCUCGAGCAAGGAUGACAAGAUGAACAUGGCUGUCAAAGCUGUGACACAGAUGGCCCGAUCGAAGCAUCACUCAAUGGUGGCUUUUGACGAUUACUAUGCCGCGUUCAAGGUUCCAGAUUGGCAGAAGGCUAAUUCAAACGCCAACCAACGCAGACUGGUGCAGAAGGUAGAAGAAGCCAUCGGAUACCUUUUCAAAUCGGCGCCGUUGCUCGAAAGUGCGUUCACCCAUCCGUCUUACACUUAUUCCGGGAGCGUGCCACAUUACCAGCGCCUCGAGUUUCUGGGAGAUGCCCUCCUUGAUAUGGCCGUUGUCGAGUACCUAUACAUGAAUUUUCCACUUGCGGACCCCCAGUGGUUGACUGAGCACAAAAUGGCGAUGGUAUCCAACCAUUUCUUGGGUUGUCUCUGCGUCAAGCUCAACCUACACCACCACCUUCUAGCCAAUUAUGCGAUUUUCAGCAGCGAGAUUCGAGAUUAUGUGAUCGAACUUGAGGCAGCUGAAGAGGAGGCUCGCAAAGAAGCAGAACAAGAAGGAAUUUCCAUGCGCAUGGACUUUUGGCGCAAUAUAAAACCGCCACCCAAGGCAUACGCAGACUCGGUUGAGGCACUCGUCGGUGUCAUGUUUGUGGACUCUAAAUUCGACUAUUCUGUCGUUGAGAACUUUUUUACCGAGUACAUUGUCCCAUACUUCGAAGACAUGUCCCUCUAUGAUACCUUUGCAAACAAACAUCCUGUUACGAUUCUUACCAAGAUCAUGCAACAGCAGGUUGGUUGCAAAGCGUGGUCUGUGGCGUCAAAAAUGAAGGUUCCGGAUGCUGAACGGGGCAUGGACGUUGCGACGGAGGAUGAUGUUAUGAGUGCUUUCGUAGCACAUGAAGUGGUUAUCACAAGCUAUGUUUCCACCAGUGGGUGGUCUGGCAAGAUGAAGGCUGCGGAGCUAGCAAUCGAACUGAUCGAGUCUUUUGGUGGAGAUAUGGAAGCGGCGAGGAAGCGUCUGGGCUGCAACUGUGAUAUUCGGGUUGAUGAUGUGGAGAUUGACCAUGGGACGGCUGUGUAA